ACAGUAGGUAAGUGAGGAUUGCAUGCGUCAGUGUAUGAUUGUUUCAUCGGCACGCCUUUCAUCCUGGAGGGCUGGACUGAUUUUGAUUAGAAGGUUAGGAGUGUUCCGAAGGCAUGUCCCUAUGAGUUCCGUACUAAAUAGGACAUAGAAAGCCAAAUUUUGCUAACAAAAUCGACGGAUCUUUAUCACCAACUGUCCGUAACAACAAUAGAAAUCUAAAUAACAAGGUAAUAGAAGUGCUAACGCCGCCGCGCCGCGUGACUGCGCAUGACCUUGUCGCCACACUAGUGUCUCGAACGACACCAGCGUGCGUACUUACGCUCAGUCGCUCGCGGAACGUUGUCACAGCAAGUACGACUAAAAAUGGUGUUCUGCAGCAUUUCUCAGUGUGGAAAUUCAUCUGCAACGUCUAAUUACAUUAAUAAAGGGAUAACAUUCCAUCGAUUCCCGCAGGAUGCAAUUACAAAAGACCAGUGGAUAUCUGCCACGGGUAAAAGAAAUUGGUUCCCUACAAGUAACAGUCGGAUUUGUUCGUUGCAUUUUACAGAGAGCGAUUAUAAUAACUCAACGAAACGACGCACUCUUUUAAAAAAUGCAGUACCUACAGUUAAUACUUGGAAACUGAUAACUGAGGUCACAAAUAAUGAUGAUGAUGCUGAGAUUAAGUCAGAACCGGGUUCCCCAGUAUCGUCAUCAAUAUGCAGUUCGCCCAGUUGUUUUCAAAAAUGUACCAUUUUGCAAGCAAUUUUAACAGACAAACAGAAAAUAAGCAUGGCCGAAUAUGAAAAAACCGUGACAGGCACACCGAGGGAAAGAAAACUACGUGCUGAAGUUGAUCAACAGAAACGUGUAAUAAAGGAACAGCGUAUGAAAAUAAAACGUUUACAAUGCAAAGCCAGGCGCUACAAAAAAACUAUUUUAAAGCUUAAAGAAUUAAAUAAAAAUCUAGAAGAUAAGCGUUUUAUCAAUGAGGAUCAGACAUCCGUUUCAGAGGGUAUGAAUGUUGGCACAUGAGCUUAUUAUUUAGAUUUCUAUAGUAACAACCGUUGCUAAAACCCGAUUUUGUUAACUUUGAUUCCGAGAGGGAAAAGGGAUAUACUCCAGGUAUAAGUUUCAUAUACACCGUGAUUUUUUAGUCGUCUUACAAAAGCAGCCCAGUUCAUGUAUCCAAUGACUAGAA